CGCGCCUCAGUGGGACCGGAAGUGGGCGCGAGUAGAGAGGAAGGGCGGGCCGGGUACCGCUGAGGGAAAACGAGCAGGAUGUCGCUUGCCGCCGCCGCCGCGUGCGCUGUGCCGCGGAAUGAGGCGCUGCUUCCUUCGCCGGGGAAGGCAAUGCUGCGGGGGAGUCGUCCGAGCGGAGGGGCCGGAGGGCCAGCCGGGCCAGGGGACUGCGGCCAAGAGAGGCGGCCCGCGGAGGAGGAGGAAGAGGCGGCGCCGCCGCCGCCGAGAGACAGCAAGGAUGGAGAGGAAGAGGAGAAGCUGGAGCGGGAGCACUUCCGGAGGAUUAUCAACGCCUUCCGUUACUACGGAACUAAUAUGCAUGAAAGAGUAAAUCGUGCAGAAAGACAGUUCAGAUCUCUUCCGGCGGUUCAGCAGAGAUUACUCCCUCAUUUUCUGCCUCACCUUGACAAGAUUCGGAAAUGCAUUGACCACAAUCAGGACAUCUUGCAAACAAUUGUGAAUGACUGCACCAACAUGUUUGAAAAUAAAGAAUAUGGUGAUGAUGAUAAUAAAAGAAUUAUACCAGCCUCAACAUUUGACAUGGAUAAAUUAAAGUCCACUUUAAAACAAUUUGUAAGAGAUUGGAGUGAAACUGGAAAACCUGAGAGAGAUUCCUGCUAUCAGCCAAUCAUCAAUGAAAUUGUGAAGAACUUUCCAAAAGACAGAUGGGACCUCUCCAAAGUUAAUAUCCUGGUACCCGGUGCUGGACUAGGUAGAUUGGCCUGGGAAAUAGCUAUGCUUGGUUAUACUUGCCAAGGAAAUGAAUGGAGCCUCUUUAUGCUCUUUUCUUCUAAUUUUGUUCUUAACAGAUGCUGUGAAACAAAUUCAUAUAAAUUAUAUCCCUGGAUCCAUCAGUUUAGCAAUAACAAGAGAUCUGUUGAUCAGAUACAGCCAGUUUAUUUCCCUGAUGUUGACCCUCACAGUCUUCCUCCUGGUGCAAAUUUUUCUAUGACAGCAGGCGAUUUUCAAGAAAUCUACUCUGAGUGUGAUAUAUGGGAUUGUGUAGCAACCUGCUUCUUCAUAGACACAGCACAUAAUGUCAUAGAUUACAUUGAUACAAUAUGGAAAAUACUGAAACCAGGAGGAAUAUGGAUAAAUUUAGGUCCUCUGCUCUAUCACUUUGAAAAUUUAGCAAAUGAAUUAUCGAUUGAGUUGAGUUACGAAGACAUAAGAAAUGUAAUGUUACAAUAUGGUUUCCAUAUAGAGGUGGAGCAUGAAUCUGUCUUGACCACAUAUACUGUGAAUGAGCUGUCUAUGAUGAAAUACUACUAUGAAUGUGUCAUGUUUGUGGUUAGAAAACCAGAGAAUAGUAUAUGAAAUGGAUGCGGGGGAAGAUGCUGGCAUUUUUGUUGAUGACAUUAGCACAUAAUUGUCUCUAAAUUAUGACUGGAACCAACCUCAUAUCGGCAGUGCCUUCCUGUUACUCACAAUAGCUCUGUCUGUUUUCUAAACCUUGCCAGAGUCAGACUUCUCGGUAUUAGAGCAAUGAGUGUGCAAUACAAGUGUCCCCACAUGUGUACAUUAAAUUUUGAUUAAUCAGGUUUCUUUCCUAAGCAAGCGGAUAAUUUUGAUACCUCAUUUACAUACAUCUGUUGUAAUUUAGAACAAAGUAUACUUCCACAUCUGAAAGAAUACCUAGUAUCAUGGUGAACACUUAAUUGAAUUUUGCCCCACAUUUAAGAGAAAUGCAAAUUAAAAAAUCACCCUAACAUA